AUGGAGUCGUCCGUUGCGCAGCCUCGUUGGCUGCUGAAGUUACCAAAUGAACUGAAACUUCAUAUAGUCGAUUACAUUGACGAGCGGAGAGACCUCUACAACCUUUCCAGAACAUGUCGUGUGCUUGAGGACAAGGUUGCGACUCGACUCUAUCGUAGCAUAGACUGCGACUUCCCUCGACCUGGCGGCUAUGGGAAGCCUGAAUCAGUCCCGUUCCGCGACUUGGUCACUGAAUCCGUUCAGCAGCUCACGAUCAGGAAUGGCCCGGUGGACAUUAGACACUCAGUGUCCCGCCACCGGCUGGGUUCGUCCGAUCCAGCUUCGGUAGAUGGCUUUGUGAAUGAAGUACUGAAAAAGGUCCCUGCAGGCCGACUGACGAGCUUCGCAUUUCUGCAUCAAACGCCUCUGAGUCCACAAGCACUCGACUUAGUCUUUCGACGGCACGAGACUGCUCUUCAGCAUUUAUCCUUCUACGAGCUACGCACCUCUCAGGGAAAUACCCAUAUACCAAAAAACCUCAUCAGUCUCGAAUGCCGGACGGUCGACGAAGGUGAGGGGAUCGAGAAGAUCAUUACCGAGAACAAAAAGACCCUACAGAGGCUGCAAUUAGGUCAAGAGAGGCACUUGAUGGAACAGUACCAACGAACAAGAGCUGAUGGUCUUGAACAACCCUCUCAACCAAGGGACACGUUCUUUACUACCGCUCUUCGACUAGAGGACUUGACCAACUUACGCGAGUUGUCUCUCUUUGGCCUGGACGUUUCGAGGCUUCGACCGGCAUCUAUACCCGAUGCUCUGUUCUUUUGCCGGCUUAACCGUUUGACCCUCGAAUCCUGUCCUGGAAGCGCUGAAUUUUUAGAUUCCAUUACGAGCACUUUUCAAUGGACGUUGCGGUCGCCCGACGCGCCCCAAACCCCGCGCGUUGCACCGUCCCUUGAGCACUUUCUGUUUCGUCAUGAAAACCCUGUAAAUGCUGUCAAGGAGUCUGUCAUCCGCUUUCUCACUUCCUUCACUGGCCUGCGCACUUUGUCCCUCCUGUUUGAGAAUGGCGCGAUUCUCGAACGAUCUUCGACUUUCAUCGCCGGACAUGGCCCAACGCUGCACACCCUCGUCCUCGAAUCCAGAAUUCAACCCCGCGAGCACCUUGGCCUGGACACGUCACGCCCCUUUGGUGCCUUCGGGUACAGCCAGGAGCUGUGGGAAGGAUCAAUCAACGAUAUUGCGCGAUUGUGCCCCAAUUUGGUCGAACUGGGAAUGGGCUUUCCCUGGAAUGACGAACUUGUGCGGCUGCGCAGGACCGCCCUACCCACAUUGCAGCACCUCAAAACCAUACACAUCCGCAACUUUCCCGAAAACCAUGUCUUAAGCCAACUCGGUGACUACAGCAUCAAGGAGUACGCCACCAAGUUCGUUGAAUGGGGGUUUCCAGCUCUGAUGGGCGGCAGCCAGCCUGCUCUGGAACAGCUUGCCAUCGGUCCGACACUGUACGAGAGCCGGUGGAAGAUGAGCCCGCCCUCUAUCACGACUGCGGUUAAACGGCAGCCGCCCCAGUUUCUGCGCUCACACUAUUUCUGCCUCGAUUGGGCGAAGACACGGUUCGGGCGUUGGAGUCCGCUCGUCACUCCCGUUUCGGAAAAAUUUGUAGAGGAAUUGGCUGGAACAAGACCUCUAGGAGGAGUUUUUGAACAGGUUUGGCUGAGAUGA